GCAUUCUAGAGAAAUCGUCAGUACGAAGUUUCGAUCAGUCGAACAACGAACGAGUUAGUGUGUCUGUGUGGGCGAGAGAAUUUUUCCUUCAGCCAAGUGAAUUUUGUCAGUUUAUAGAGUGAAAUUUCGGUGCGAUGUCGCUUUUUGGAUCGCUGAUGGGUGAUUUUGAGGAGGACCCUUUCUUUGGAGCACACAUGCGGUCCAUGCGUCAGAUGAAUGACAUGAUGAAUUCAAUGUUCUCGAAUCCAUUCGGAAUGUUGGGAGGUAUGGGUUUUCCAGCCCUAGAAGGCCCACGUUCUCAGAACUCUCCUGCAAGCAGGGGGUGUCAAGAUUUGAUGCCAUUUGGAUUUCCAAACAUGAAUAGCAUAUUCCAGAAUUUUGAGCACAUGGCCAACAAUCCGAACUGUCAUUCAUUCAGCAGCAGUACAGUCAUGACAAUGAGCAGUGGACCAGAUGGAAAGCAGCAGGUAUACCAGGCAUCAUCGUCAACACGCACUGCACCUGGUGGCAUCAAGGAAGUGAAGAAGACCGUUUGUGAUUCUCGUUCAGGAACAAAGAAAAUGGCUGUUGGACAUCAUAUUGGUGAACGUGCACACUAUCUGGAACGUGAACAGAAUAUGUACUCUGGGGAGCAGGAGGAGAGGCAGGAUUUCAUUAACCUUGAAGAAGAUGAAGCAGAGGAUUUUAACAAAGAAUUUGAACAGAAAGCCCGCAACACAGUGGGAUCAAUAAAUUAUCCCUCAGCCCAUCUUCCCUCUAGAAGGCACCGUGAUAUGCUUGCUCUUCCUAGCAGCAGUUCUCGCAUCAAGAAUCGUCCCUAUCACAGUAAUAAUCACAGGAACUAUCCAGCGCUGCCAUCUCCAUCUCGGUACAACAGAAAGUAUUGAUAAACAUAAAUAUUCGCCCGAUUAAGCCCAUCAUACACUCAAAGGAACGUUCCCGGAAGCGAGAUCAUGAACCUGAAUCCCUAUUGGAGAGGAGCCACAAAUCUCUGAAGUCCUCCAGCAGCACUUCCAACGAGAAUCCUUAGUCACCUAAAUUCUUCAUGGCUGUAUUUACUACUACUUCUGUUUUACAAGUUAGAACUGUUGUUCCCCUUAUGAUUGGAGGCUGUAUACCAUCUUCAGGGAUUAGUGUAUGUGUGUAUUGUAUUAUUCAAUGUCUAGACAUUAGUCUUAAAAUGUAUUACAAAAUCACUUUGCUGUUUAAGAGAAUCUUUUCUUGUCCUAUGUUUCCCUAGGAUUUGUGCUACCCCACUUCCUUCUUCAAAAGUAUGUUUAUGGAUAUUCACAACAGUACAUGAACAAAAUGUGCUUUCAGUUACUAUCGUAUUAUAUAAAGGUUAGCAUGUUUCCAAAUAUAUAUAGGAACUGUCCAUAUGGCAUACAGUUUUAAUUUGUUGAUAAAAUGUCAGUUUUUAAUAUUUAGCAGCUCAUAGACGAUUGUACUAAGCAAACAUUCUAAAUUGCCGUCAUUAUUGUAACAGUGAUGCAUAACUAUUAUUCACCAAGGUUGUAUUAUUCCUCUUAAGGUUUUGUGUGUGUGCGCGUGUAUGCAAGUUGUUAUAUGAUUAAAAUAAAGUUCGGCUGAAUUUGA